AUGUCUGGCCUUCCCGAAAACUGGGAAUGGGACUACGACGGCCAGCGGUGGUUCUACAAGUACAAGCCCACCGGCCACAUCCAAUACCACUUCCCCAAGGAGGGCGAUGAGUUCCCCGACUUCAUCGACGCCGCCUCGCCCGCCCCGGCCUUGGCCCCUGAGGAACGCCUCGAGUCGCAGCAGCAGGUCAAGCGGCAAGCGAGCACGAGCACGAGCAACCCAGGGCGAGCGGGCGGCGGGAGCGGCGCUAAUGGCGGCGCGUGGAAGAACGGCAUGUCGGCGUCGGCCAUGCCCGUGAGCUCCGUCUGGGAGGACGACAUCGGCGAGGACGCCGUGUUCCAGCCCGAGAGCUUCAUGUUCCUGGGCCCCGGCACCUACAAUGACGUGAGCCCGCUGGCCGAGGAGGAGGAGGAGGCGGCGCGGAGGGUCGUGGCUGGCGGCAUCGAGGAUCGGGUUGAGUGGACUCCGCAGGCAACUCCCCCGGCGGGCAAGGGCGUCAGUCCCGUGGUCAGUGAACGCACGACGCCGCACGUCAUGAAUAGCGAGGUUGCGCGGGCGUCUGUGCAGGCGACGCCUGUCCCAGAUGGGUUCAUGAUGGGCGGCCCCAUCAUGGGCGGUCCCGUCAUGUCUCAAGCUGUCAUGGGAGAGCCCGUCACCAUGGCCAUCCCGCCCACUGUCCCCGAGGAGCCAGUCUUCCACGAGCUGCCCGUCCAGGAACCAUUCCACCAAUUUGACCCAGUUGGCAUUGUCGCUGAAAUGCCCACGUUCGACACCGCCUCGGCGCGCGUCGAGACGAACCCGGACCCGGUCGAGAUGGCCGACAACACGGUGCUCGCUCCCAUUGAGACAGCGGUGCCCGAGGGCUACGCAGAGCUGCCAGAGAGCACCAGUCCCACUGAGCCGAAGCCCAACCCAGAGCCCAUGCUUGCCCCAGGCAGCCUGCGAAAUCACACGAAAGAUGCCCCACCGCAGGGCAUGAUUCAGCCGCCGAGUGUUGAAAGGAACCCCGAGGAGGAAGUGCCCAGCGGGUUCCAGGCCUACAAGCCUGGCAUGGCGACGCCAGAGAAUCCCCGAAUACCGGCACCCACGAGGGACUUGAGGGAUAAUGAUAUGAAGCGAAUGUCACUUCUGCAGCGUGAGCGAUCUCUCAUGAUGGGCCUGAAGCCGGGCCGGUCUAUGGACGUCAGCCGCGCCGACAUCCCAGCCGCUCUUACGCCGCCGCAAGUUCCGCGAAAGGAGCCCCUCGACGCACCAGGCCAAAGCAAGGCACCGUCCCCGCCGGUCAUGGCCGUUGAUGCCGGUAUUCAACCCCAAGCUCCGGCUGGUGUCGAGAAUAGCCCCGGUCUGGCGCCUCUCAAUGGAGGAAUCUCCAAGUUCCCGUCCGUUCUACGACCCGCACGCCAACGGGCUCCGUCACAGCCAGGCCAGCAGCCUCAGCAAGGACAGUCCCAGACCUUCAACUCUAACCAGGCGCCGCCAUUAGCUUCAGGCUAUGUGCCUCCUAAGCAUGGCCAGCACCCGGCAUCAAUGACCCCUUCUCCCCUGAAGCAGCAGCAGCGACAACAGGAAGAGCCACGGAUGGGCGUCCAGCGAGUGAACACUGCUCCGGAUCAGCCCCCAUCGCAAAGACCAGUUUCAAUGAUUCAAGGAGGCCACCCGGUGGUUCAAGGUCCGCAAGCAGCGCAACGACAUCAACAGCCAGCGAGGCCGGCUACCGUGAUGCCGGAUAUGAUGAUGGGAGGUGGUCAACCUCAACCGUUCAAUCACCAGCAAGGCUCAGGCCGACAAGACCCCAGACUGUCUCAGCAACAGGGCAUGAAUCCCCCGUACCAAGGCCGCGUUCAGGGGAUGUCAUCAACAGUGCCGCCGCCACAAGAUGCUCCAUUUCCUGCUCCUCAGAUCCAGCCAUUGAGGCGGGUUGGCACUCAACCGCAGCCCGGAUAUCCAUCUGAUGAUAUGCCUCCACGACAGACGGGAACCCCAUAUCCUCCUGAUGAUCCAAGACCACUUCGACAAACCAACACACCAUACCCUCCCGACGACACAAGGCCACUUCGGCAAACUAAUACCCCAUACCCUCCGGAUGAGCCUGCUCUAGAUCCGGCACAGUACAGGCGCCGGCACUCGUCUCUCGCUAAUGACGUCGUCUCUCCAAUAGAAUCGCGGUCCGGCAGCAUCUCCUCCACGGCUCCGCUCCAAACCCCCUCCCCGAUGGAGAACAGCCGUCGAGCUUCGUCAACCGCGUCGCUUAACCAGGCCCUCAGCCAACCCAACUACACGCCGUCCCCCGUCUCCCAAGGCUCAGGGAGCCAGGGAUUCACGCCGACGCCACCCUCGGUACCGGCCAGUCAGCAGGCAGAUCCCGGAUCCUACUUCGCCAUGCAAAACGCCGAGGGCCAAGGCCACGCCGUCUCGGCCCAGAACAAGUUACGCAAAAAGUCAAUUGGUCGAUCAGACUCGGCGAAGCGCAUGUCUCUCCCCCCAGGACAGUCACCACUCUCUUCGGCUUCUCACACCGAGCCAUUGGUGCAACGCUCCCACUCCCUUCGCCAACCGCCCCAAGGCAAUGGUAUCCCGCAGCAACAACCACCCCUACAGCAGCAGCAGCCUCCUCCACAGCAGCCUCCUGCUCCCUACCCAGGGACGCCGCCGAUGGGCCCGCAAUAUCUCGGGCGCAUCGAGGAGCACGAAGAGACUGCGCACGUGGCGCUCAGUCGAUCGUCGAGCCAGUCACAAGCUCACACGCGACGCAGCUCUCUGGCUUCGUUGCAGCAGUCGCCCCAAGGUAGCCGCCGUCAGAGUCUGCAGACAACACCAGGGACCGAGGUGCACGCCGAGAGCCCUGUGCAAAAUGUUGUGCCUCAGGGCUGGGAGGGACCUGGGAGGGGGGCUCCUCGGGGUCAAGCUCCUCAGCAAAUGCCUCAGCAGAUACCUCAGCAGAUACCUCAGCAAAUGCCUCCCCAAGGCCAGUUUCCCCCACAGGGCCAGUUCCCUCCCCAGACCCAGGUGGCUCAAGGAGGAAUGCCUCCUGGACAGAUGCCGGUUCAAGUUCCAGCGCCUUUGAAGAGGAAGCCCUCAAGAGGACAAGCGCCAUCAACUGGGCAGAUGCCACCACAGGGACAAGCACCUCCUCAGGGCCAAAUCCCCCCUCUUGGACAGAUGCCUCCCCAAACCCAGGCCUCUCUGCAACGCAAACCUUCAAAGGGACAGACUCCAUCUGGGUCGAUGCAACGUCAAGACGAGAUGUCUCGCCCAGGGCAGAUGCCGCCUCAAGGACAAAUGCCUCCUCAGCAGGGACAAAUCCCCCCUCGAGGUCAGAUGCCCCCAGGAGGACAGAUGCCUCUCCCGAAGACACAGAUCAUCCAAGGCCAGAUUCCCCAGAGUCAGACACCAUUACAAACCCAGCCUCCACCCCAAGGCCAGGUACGCCCCCAAGGUCAGGUACAAGGACAGGGGCCCCCGCCUCAGCCCGGACAGAUGCCAUCCCAUGGUCAGGUCCCUCAGGGACGACCUCAACAAGGACCGCCCCAAGCAACUGGACAGGCGCCUCCUGCAGGGCAAACGUUGCCUCAGGGUCAGAAGCCUCCGAUCGGACAGUUACCACCGGGCCAGCCGCCAUCCCAGAGUCAGACUCCCAUGGGAGCACCACGACCCGUUUCUGGACAGAUGCCGCCAGGUCAAAUCCCACCCCAGGGCCAGAUGCCGCCAGGUCAGAUGCCUCAGGGUGGACAAAGACCUCUUUCCAUGCAUAUGGCUCCGGGUGGACAGAUGCCACAAGGCCAGAUGCCACCUCAGGGACAGAUGGGGCAAGUGCCAUUUCCUGGACAGAUCCCGCCAGGUCAGAUACCUCAAGGGGGACAGAGACCUCUUUCUAUGCAGAUGGUCCCAGGUGGACAAAUUCCGUCGGGCCAGAUGCCACCCCAAGGACAGCGCCCACACCUGCAGAUGCCUCCUCAGGGCCAGGCUCCAAACGGGAGGAUGUCUCCACAGGUCCAAAUCCCGCAAGGUCAGCAACCAUGGAAUCCGAAUACGCAGUCGCCAAUGGCUCCUGGCUCCCGGCCUGGAUCAGUGCCACCACAAACGGCUGAUAGUCCAAAGGAGAAGAAGUGGCUCAAGUGGUUCAAGGGUGGACCCAAGUCAGUCGCACCAAGUCCGACGACACCUCAAACCCAGGCGUUCUCGCCCAUUCCUUCCUCGCAUAAUCCGCGUCCCAGCUGGGGUGGCGGCGAGUACGCGGAGCCUGCUGUAUGGCAGCCGGGACAGCCCAUUAAGGGACAACAAGUUCAGGGACAGCCAGUGCAGGGACAGCCAGUGCAGGGACAACCAAUGCAGGGACAACCGAUCCAAGGCCAACAGCAGCCGGGCAUCCCAAACAAUAUGGCACCGCCACAGCAUCAACAGCAAGGGCAAUUCCCGCCGGUAGCUCUCCAGAAAUCGGGUCCUGCUGUUAUGCCACUCGGCCGAGCUACUCCCCCAACUGGGCCAGUAUCGCAGCCACCUGCCAAUGUUUCUCCGGGACAGUCUCAACCUCCACCGCCUCCGAUGGAACCUCUAGCACCCAGACAUGGAUCAGCCCGACUUGCUGUGACUCCUCCUCCACCAGAACCGAGUCCAGUGCCGUCCGACAUGGGUCUUCCAUCAUUGGGGCGAAUGCCGUCAAAUUCCACUGAUAAUUUCUCGGAUACGGCGUCCGUCUCCACGAUUGAGGUUUCUGAAGCUAAAACACAGCCUGUAUUGCGGCCCCAGAUCGUCCAGGUAUAUAGACGGUCUACGGAUCUCCAUCAGACCCUGAGCGGCACUCAAACUCCUACGCCGGCUCCGCUUGCCCCCCUAGGAGGCUCCCGUGCUCCCAUGAACGAGCCACCGGUUGUCCAAGGAAAUGCACCUUCGCCUUUCGCACUUCCCUCUCAACGACAGGAUGCCCGGCCUGAACCUACUCCCUUUGUCGACGACAGCCGUACCUUGACUCCGGCCCCCCUUUUCUCAGGCCCCAACUCACCCAACUCUAUCAAGAACGGUGACCCAAGUCCCAAAGGCAACCGACUUGAGCCUCCAACACCUAAACCCCAGCCCCCAGUCGACGAUAAGUGGGCGAAGAAGCCAGCGGCAGAUUACUCUGGCGGAGACUGGGGAGACGAAGACGAUUGGGAUUAUUAA